CGGAGGGUGCAACGAUGAACACAGGUACUUCCGGCUGUCACGGAAGUAGGACUUCGCACUCUCCCAAGCUCCUCCCUCGGCGGCCGGGCAGAGUGACAGGAUGGCCGGGCAAACGGCGCGGCUGCUGCUGCUAACCGUGGCAGUGGGGCUUGCGUGGGGCUCCCAGGGCGACCGCGAGCCGGUGUACCGCGACUGCGUGCUCCGGUGCGAGGAACGGAACUGUUCGGGGGAUGCACUGAAGCACUUCCGCUCCCUCCAGCCAAUCUACAUGAGCCUAGCUGGCUGGACUUGUCGGGACGACUGCAAGUAUGAGUGCAUGUGGGUCACUGUCGGCCUCUACCUUCAGGAGGGUCACAGAGUGCCCCAGUUCCAUGGCAAGUGGCCCUUCUCCCGGUUCCUGUUCAUCCAAGAACCAGCUUCUGCCGUGGCCUCGCUCCUCAAUGGCCUAGCCAGCCUGGUGAUGCUCUGCCGCUACCGUGCCUCUGUGCCAGCCUCCUCCCCCAUGUACCAUACCUGCAUGGCCUUCGCUUGGGUGUCCCUCAAUGCUUGGUUCUGGUCCACAGUCUUCCAUACCAGGGACACUGACCUCACAGAGAAGAUGGACUACUUCUGCGCCUCCGCUGUCAUCCUGUACUCUGUUUACCUGUGCUGUGUCAGGACCGUGGGACUGAGGUACCCAUCAGUGGCCAGUGCCUUUGGAGCCCUGCUGCUGCUGCUGCUGACAGUACACAUCUCCUACCUGAGCCUCAUCCGCUUCGACUACGGUUACAACAUGAUGGCCAACGUGGCUAUAGGCCUGGUGAACCUGGCCUGGUGGCUGGCCUGGUGCCUGCGGAACCACGGGCACCUGCCUCACACGCGCAGGUGUGUGGUGGUGGUGCUGCUGCUGCAGGGCCUCUCCCUGCUGGAGCUGCUCGACUUCCCACCCCUCUUCUGGGUCCUGGAUGCCCACGCCGUCUGGCACAUCAGCACCAUUCCUGUCCACAUCCUCUUCUUCAGAUUUCUGGAAGAUGACAGCCUGUACCUCCUGAAGGAAUCUGAAGCCAAGUUCAAGCUGGCCUAAAGACCCUGGGAGGGGUAGAUCUGCCUCGUGCCUGAGGCUCCUCCCUGCUCCCCCUUGAGAUGAUUGUUUUUCUCCUUCUAGCCUCUUGAACUUGAACGUGCGGGGUAUGGGCUUGGGAUCCUAGCCACCUGCCCCUGGCUGGCUCUCACAGGGCAAGACCCCUGUCUUGGGGGUGGCCUCCUCAGGUCUGGGGCAGGGAAUAGGCAGCCCUCCUGUGCCUGCGGCUGAACUGGGAGCAAGUUUUGAAGUUUUACAGAGAGGAGUGCUGCUUUGGUCUCCUUAGCCUUCUUCCCUUUUCCAUGUCACUCACCCCGAUAGUACCACCCCAAGCCACUUACCCCUAAGUGCCACACCCACAGGCCUUUGGGGUACAUUGGGGGUCUCUUUUUGUCAGGGAGCCACUAGGUGGCACUGGAGGCCUGCUCUUCAGCUGCCCAGGUUUCUUUGUGGGUCUGAGGAACUGAGCUGCUGGGCUGGUUCCAGCCAUUCUUGCCUUCGGGGCCAGGACCCCAGGGGGCUCUGGAUUAGAACCCUGGCUGCUGUUCUGGUUGGGAGUGGACACACUGACACAUAGAGGGAUAUGGACCAAGCCAAGAGCAGAGAUGACCAGAUAGUCAAUGAGCUGGGUUUGACAGGACUGGGGCAUCGCGGGCCUUCAUUUAUAGUGUAGAGAGGAUGUGUGUUCAGGGGGGCAGGUGGGUGGGGAUGGUUUGGGGAAGGCAUGUGUCUGAGAGGAACAUGCCUAAGGAGGCUGGAGGGGAAUGGGGAAAUGAAGUCAUCACCAGCAGUCAUUUGAGCUCCAAGUCUGCUCAAGACCCCAAGUCCAACCAGCUGCGGGUAUGUGCAGAGGACCUGACGGGGCCUGUGAGUGUGGACGCCUGCCCAAUGCCCUUUGCACUCCACUCCAAAUCACAGCCCCCCACCCCCACCCCCCACCCCCACCCCACCCACAUGUCUUGAGAGCACGCUGCAGAACUAGCCCCUGGAGGGCAGAGAGGGGAAGGGGGAAAAUGCCCCCCUUGCCUCCAAUCUCUUUACCUUGGCAUGGUGUGCCUCCCACUCCAGUUCCCCGCUGUAGCCCCUGGUCACAACUGGACUUCGGGGGCCUCAGGCAAAGGGGGAAGAGGGUGUAGAGCCUUUGUCUGAUUGUGGUCUCUGCCCUCCAUAAAGGAGCUUGCUCUCCCAGGGUAAUUGCAGGGCAGGCAGGACCCAUACAGCCUGUAUCCUGAACAGUCCAUCAGGAAGGCAGUCUGCAGCCGGGCCCUGCCUCUGUCCCCUGCCCUCUUUUUGUGGGGAGAGUAGCUAUGCCAGGGCUCCAGCUCAGACACUUGGGCAGCCUGUUAGGAUUUUUUGAUACUAAGAACAAUUUUAAGGCCGGAGACAGUAAAGGACAUGCUUAAUAAACCAAUU